AUGGCUUCUUCUUCUACGUCUACGGGCGUUGGCUGCGGCGGAGCCGCAACUGAAUUGAAAAAUCACCACCACGCCCGCCAUCUUCUGGCCGGGAUUCGUCCAAUCCCGAUGGUGCGAUGUAGCUCGGAUGUUUCCGAUCGGAGGUUGCGGCGGCUGGGGGUGUCCACAUCGACCCCGACGGCGACGCCGAUUGCAUCCGGCGAGGGGCGAUUUUUUACGCCGAGGGUGUGUUCGGCGACGGCGUUUGCGGCGGAAGCUGCCAUGGAGGUAGAAAUUUCGUCGGAAGAGGCGGGGUUCCCGAGGGGCGGUACAUCGACGGCGGCUGAGGAGAGUAGUUUCGCUCUGUUGACGGCGGCGGCUGGAGGAGGAGGCGGUGGAGAGAGAGGGAUCGUUGCGGAGAAGCUGGACGAGUGGAUGAGGGACUCGGUGACGGAAAUCGUGAAGAAUUUAACGGCAGCGCCGCUGCUGGUCCACGUGUACUCCGACGAAAGGGGGAAGAAGCUGGAGACGGAGAAGGCGGUGGAGGAGGGGGAUUGGAAGAAGCUGAUCGAGAAGUGGAAGAAGCGGGAUUCGCCACUGCCGGAAGGGGUGAUUUUCGUCGAGCAGUUACUAGACGGCGGGAGAUCCGCCGUGCUAGCGGCAGCGGAAGCGGAAGAGGAGGAAAACGACGUCGCGGAGGAGGAGGCAACGAAGGCGUGGGGGAUCGUGGUUCAGGGGAAAGGGGCGGAGUGUGGGCCGGUGUGCUACCUGCUGAAGACGAGCCGGGUCGGGUCGUCGGGUGUGGGCCUGUGCUGCACCCACUUCUGCUUGAUGCGGGUCAAGAGCUUCAGGGAGAGUGCCAAGUCCCAGCUCAAGAAUUGUUGGCUGUUGCAGGCCCAAAACGACGGCGUCUUCUGA